UAAGAGAGAGAGAGAGAGAGAGAAACAUUCUCCAUUUCUCACACACCCAAUGACCCAACACACAACAACACAAAGUCCCUAAAUUCCAAAAAAAAAAAACUUAUAAAACCGCCAUCUCUCUCAGAUCGUUUCUCUUUCUCUCUCUUCUUUCAUUCAUUGAGUCAGUGUAAUAAUUUUCACCAAAUUCAAAAUCCCCAAAAACCCACCUCCGAAAGCCCCCUUUUUCUUUUCUCACUCUCUUUCAAAACCCACUGAUUUAUACUAUCGUUUUUUCUCUUAUUUCGUUUUUGGGUGUUUUUAUUUUUAAUGAGAUUGAAUUCAAAUGAACAGCAAGUUUGAAAUCUUCAACUCCGUGCCUGCGUAGUAACUGGAACAGAGAUAAUAGCAGGGAGUGAAGCGGCGCGUGUGGCUUGUUCUCAUGGCUAAGCGCGUUUAUGAAGUGUGGAAAGGAAGUAAUAAGUUCAUACUUGGUGGAAGGUUGAUCUUUGGACCUGAUGCUCGGUCUCUGAUUGUCACAUUAUUGCUGAUCAUUGUUCCAGUUGUUAUCUUCUGUGUAUUUGUUGCGAGGCAUCUUCUCCAUGAAUUUUCACCAUACAACGCAGGAUAUGCAAUUCUGGUGGUAGCCAUUGUCUUUACAAUCUAUGUGUUGGUUCUUCUUUUUCUCACAUCAGCCCGGGACCCUGGUAUUAUUCCACGUAAUUCACAUCCGCCAGAGGAAGAGUUCCGCUAUGAUUCGUCAAUGUCGGUUGAGGUUGGGGGACGACAAACACCGAGCCUUCAGUUCCCCCGGACAAAGGAAAUUAUGGUCAAUGGCAUUCCUGUUCGAGUGAAGUAUUGUGACACAUGCAUGCUUUAUCGACCUCCCCGUUGCUCCCAUUGUUCCAUUUGUAACAAUUGUGUGGAAAGAUUUGAUCAUCAUUGCCCUUGGGUGGGCCAAUGCAUUGGUUUGCGCAACUACCGUUACUUCUUUAUGUUUGUUUCUUCAUCAACUCUUCUUUGCAUCUAUGUGUUUUCCAUGUCAGCCGUGUAUAUUAAAGUCUUGAUGGAUGAUUAUCAAAGCACUGUCUGGAAGGCAAUGAAGGAAUCACCUGCAUCUGUCAUACUAAUGGCCUACUGUUUUAUAUCCCUCUGGUUUGUUGGUGGACUUACCGGCUUCCAUUUGUACCUCAUAGGCACAAACCAGACAACCUAUGAAAAUUUCCGGUACAGGGCUGACAACAGAAUUAAUGUCUACAAUCUGGGUUGUAUUCAUAAUUUUCUCGAGGUAUUUUUUACUAAGGUUAAACCCUCAAAGAACAACUUCCGGGCUUUUGUUCAAGAGGAGGUACCGAGACCCCCGUUGCCAAGCACUCGGGAAGUAGAAGCUGAAGAUUUAGGUGGGGAUCCACGUUCUAAGGUGGAAGAUGAUCUAGAGAUUGGUGAAGAUCUUUUGAAAAUCUCCCAACGUCGUAAUAUUGAAGAAAUUGAUGAGGACAUACGCAGCAGAGGGAGUAAUGGGCCUCCUCACAAUACCUCAGAGGUGGACUCUGUUCUAAGUUCAGAUCAUCGAGCUCCCACAAUUCGGUCUGAUACUAGACAUUCAAGUUGGGGAAGAAGAAGUGGGAGCUGGGAAAUAGCGCCAGAGGUCCUAGCCAACUCUAAUGUCACUGAAAGCAGAAACUACAGCACUCCUAAGGAACUGCGCCAAUGAUGAUAGGUUGUUUAUUGGCUGAUCGAAUAGCAUGGCGUCUACCGGGGAUGAUCGCAAAUUGUUUGGAUGCUCUCUUCCUAGUUUUGAAGGAAGUUGCUUUUGAUUAGAGACUUACAAUUAAUUAUCUGAUGGGAGCGAAAAUCUAUUCCCGGGUUUAGGCACGGGGGCUUAUGUUAUCUUUUUGGUGGGGGUUGCAGUCAAUAGGAAUGUGUUUGUAAUUGUUUGAGAAGAUAAGAGGAUGCUGUUUUCUAUUUUUGUUCUUUCUGGGUCCUCUAAAUUCUUAAACAUCUGCUACCUUGGAUUGAAUCUGUAGUGCUGGCUUUAUUCUUUGUGUAAAUAAUUACUCAAAAGACUCUUUAAAAUGUUCCCCCCAUUUCUGAGUGGUGAACACUCCUUUUCCUCA